GCCAUAUUCGAAUUCGAUUGAUUGGAAAUACCUACUACUAUUUUGCAAUUUAUAAUUCAGAUUUUAUGUUUCACAAUGAAAUACUUAGACAUUCUAAAGCGAAUUUACUUUAGUAAACAUCUGUUUAAGGUGGUUUAUUAGUGUAAUCUUGCUCAAGCAUAUAGAAAUUCAUUUUUUUGCGAAAAAAUGUCUAUAUCAGAGGAGCAAGAUGAUUUUAUUUUUCGGCCACAACAACAUUUAGACCCUAAAUGGUUGAAUCCUGACUUACAAGAAGCUCUUCAUUCUCCGGACGCUCUCUGCGUAUUAUUUAAUAGUUUAAUUCAGGACAGGGAGAUCUAUUUCGACGCCGGAAAUGGUCUAGUUAAUGGUGCUGGUAUUACUGCUAAGCUUGGUGAUAGUGGGAAGUAUUAUUGUGGUCUCAGGAUUCUUUCGUGCACAUGUUGUGAUGGACUGUGUGGUCCUCAUUCAGGAUGUGCAUGCCCUCCUUGCACUGCUUUAUCAGCUGAGGAAGAACUUCGUGCUUCAAUUCAAUCUAAACUUGUUGCACCACCCCAUUCUACUCAGGUUAUAGAUGAGAUUAAGUGGAAAAUAGAUCCAGGCCCAGAAUGUCUUCAAAGUGUGAUGGAUUCAUUAAUUUGGGAGCAGCAUGUGAGAGCCAUACAAACAGCUGUGACCUGCCCAUAUAUCUCACAAAUAAGGCGCCUAAUUGUCAUCUGUCAUAGACAUCUUGUUGCUGUUAUAAGGGAGCAAAAUCCUCAUAAAGAACCAAAGAAGGUCAAAUUAGAUAAAGCUCCUCAUGCUGUGAGCAACAGAACUCUGAGCAAUGUUGUGACUACUUUGAAGAAACCUGUUGAAAUUUGCUCAGAGACACAAGAAGAUAGUGAGGAACAAAUUGAUGAUUCAGAAAGUGCACUUGCUCGUGUAGGAGCCAGAGCUGCUUUGCGACUUGCUCUAUCACUGGUAAGGCGAGCGUGGCGUUGUGGUGAAGAUUCGGAUGUAUGUUCCUUGCUAUUACGCGACGCAUUGGAAGCCGUUAGAGCGUUACCCGAUGCUGCUUUGUAUGCUGGAAAUGGACAAACAAGUAUUACGUCCCAACAAACUCCGCGCUCGCAGAAAAUAUGGGCGGAAGUCGUUGAUAGUGCUGCGAAAUUCUUGCACCAAGUUGUUGCAGGGGAAGUUGGUUGUAAUGUACCACAAGGGGAUUGGCGUACUUCGCUAUGUGUGUGGGUUGAACUGUGUGCGAGAAGAGCAGAACUGCCUGCCUUGCUGAAAGCAGCUGAUGUCUUGGUAACAUUACCUCCUAAACAAAAACGACAGUCUGAUAACAGGAUAGUAUUGGAGGAAUGCACAGCGCCAUUAGGACCAUUUCUAAAAAGAAUGGCGAAAGUGUCGCCCCCAAAUCCCAUUGUCAAUUCUGAACCUAUGCCUGAAGAUAACAUGACAGCAACAUUUCUUAAGGAACUAGAAAUACCAAGUGGCGAUGGUCUCAUGAGUGUGAAAAAGGCGGGCAUUGCUUUGUUAUGCCAUUUGGAUAGACUUGGUGCUCCAUUGUUACCACCUUUAAAAGGAUUUGUUACAUGUACAGAGUCAGCUCAAGAAGUAGUCUCAGUAGGUGUUGGUCCUAUUCAGCUUGGAAGUUUACGAGUACAACAGAUCGCGUGUGCUGAGAAAUUGGCUUUACUCCUUACUCAAGAUGGCGUUAUAUACACUCUCCCCUAUGACACAUUAACACCUCAUUUAGUCCCAGGUCUCGAAGGUUACACCAUAGCACAAGUGGCGUGCCACCCCACGGGUCGACACUUCCUAUGUCGCUCCACGUGUGGCGGCGUGUGGACGUGGGGUUCGGGGGAAGAUGGCCGUUUGGGGCAUGGGGACACGGCCAAUAGAGAUGCCCCACAAACUGUGCACCAUUUGGCCCAUCAUGAGGUGGUACGGAUUACUGCAGGACCGGCUUGCAGCGCGGUGAUAACUUCACGCGGUGCUCUGUACACUUGGGGGCGGAGCGCCCAGGGCCGCUUGGGACAUGGCACUAUUGAAAACUGUCUCACACCACAACCAGUUGCUUUCAACGCUCACAAUAUCGAAAGAAUCAUUGAUGUCGCUCUAGCGUGGGGGGAGGGUCAGACGCUGUGUUGCACGUGGGAGGGCGCGGUGCAGGUGUUCGGCGACAGCGAGGGCGGCACUCCGCGUGCCCUCUCCGCCCUCGCCAUGUUCCGUGUGACGCGUGUGUACACGGGCGAUAACUGGCACGCCGCGCUCACUGAUGGAGGUCAAGUAUACACAUGGGGCAAAGGCGAUGGAUAUCGAUUGGGUCAUGGAAAUUUUGAGACAUUUAAAAUACCAAAACUGGUGGAGGCCUUAAAUGGUGUGAAGAUCAUAGAUAUGUCUUUGGGUGCAUCGCACGCAAUCGCAAUAUCAUCAGAUGGACUUUUGUACGCAUGGGGUACGCACGAACGCGCUCAGAUUUCUAACCCGACUCCACAGCCAAUACAAGUUUUCAACCCAUCUUUUAAACCGAACGGUCUAUCAAGUGGUACGAAUCAAAUUUUAGCUUGGAGUGAAGAGAAUCCAAGGGACCUGCCAUCGUCAAUGCCUUUUGUUAUUGAUCUAUCCGAAAACACAUUCAAAUUUUUAGAGAGACUGUUGAGGAAAGCUGUUGAACAAAGUAGCACAGCUAAUAUGAAAGAAAACGAAUGUCUCGCCAUUUCCUGUCUCAAUCUGCUAAGACUACAAGUGCACGCGUACCAAUGCGCGCACGGCGACGCCGAGGACGGCGAGGCGGAGAGUCGGUCGUGGUGCGCGGGCGUGCACGGCGCGCUCGUGGCGCUGGCGGAGGGGCGCGCGGGGGGCGGCGCGGCGGCCGCGGCGCGCCGCGCGCUCGCCGCCGCCUGGCCCGUGCUGCUGCCCACGCCGCACGUGCGCGCGAAUCACCUUAUAUCGCUGCUGCCGCAAGGAUCGGUACCUGCCAGCGCGGGCGCAAGAUUCAUGACAGAAUUGCUAGUUUGGUCGUUGCUUGGAGGUGGAGGUUUGAAAGAUGCUUUGUCUAACGCACUACAAGUUAACUCGUCCGACUCAUACAACCAUUUGCAACUAGAUGAUGAAUUUGACCAAGUCGAUAUUGUAACGGGACAGCGUAGCAGGCCUUCCACUACAAUGUCAGAUGAUUCCGAUUCGAUACAAGUGGAAUGCGUUGAAGAAUACCAAAUUAGUAAUACGGCAUCAGCAGAUAAUGGUGCGUCCGUACCUUUGAUGCAUCUGGUCAAACAUUUAAUAAGGAACACCACUUGUCAAACACAAAUGCAUAUUAAGUCGAUAAUGGACGGUGAUACGAGUAAGACUGAUGAUCUAAAGGGACAUGACACUGUUAGUCCCAGCUGUGAUUUGUUGAUACGUUUUCAAAGGUUAUUAUUCUGCGAAGCGAUGUGGUCCCGCGGCGGGCGAAGUACGCGCGGCGGCGUCCGCAACCUGCUCACGCAGUACGCGACGCUACUCGCCGAGCACGUGCAGUCCACGCUCACUUGCUUUGUACGCGCCGUGCACAGCGCUGACAACACGCAGCUGACUAGCCUCUGUGAUCUCAUUAGUGCUGAUAUUGUUGGAAGAGUAGUAAGUGAAUUGGCGGUGUGGGUGUGUUCAUGCGCAGCUCGCUCAGCGAUUGCUUUGACUGACUGUUUAGAAGCCUUUUUAAAAAUAAUCCGCGCGUGUGACGAAGGUGCUAAAUCAUUACCUUCUGCUGCUAAAUUGGACGCUGAUCUUUUGGGCUGGCCUGGGUUGAUCUCUAAACGAAAUCAAACGAAUACCUUUGUUGUAAGAAAAUGUGACUUGCACAACCACACAAAAGACGGUGGAUCAUGGAUCGUCAUAGCCGGUUACGUGUACGACGUGGAAAACUUCGAGUGCGAAAACGCGAGCACGGUGGAACUGGUGCGGCAGAUGCGCGGGAGUGACGCAACCGCCGCGUUCAGUAAGGAGCCGCACGCCGCGUUUCUGUCGCGCGUCACCGAGAAGUGUGUCGGCAUGUUUACCACGCAAGUGUAUAGCCAUAAGUGUCAAGAGAAUAAGUCGACUCUGCGCACGCACCACGUGCUGUCUUCGUGCGCGUUCCACCUAACUCUCGGGCUGUCGCAGUGCGGUUUGCGGCUGGCCCGUUCGCUUCCGGUGCAACAGGCAGAGCGGGACACUAGCUCGUAUGUCAACUCUGCGUUCUUGAGGGGGGGACUUCAGACGUCCCGACCAGCGAACCCGUUCGAAGAGGAGAAAGCAGAAGCCCGCAGCGGCUCGUCCACGGGCGGUAACAGUCCCGCAAAUGAAACGCCGCAGUCCUUCAACGUGUUGCACGGGAGCACGCAUAUUGCGCCCGCACUGGUGUCGCAGAAGGCCAGGGUGCCUAAGGCCAAUGUUAGUGCGCCCGCGAGCGCUGAGGCGCUACUGCAUGCGCUUGCUGAACCAAAAUUGCAUGACCCCCUUGCCCUUCAUCUUUGGUGGGCUUGUGAAAGGCGCGAAGGUUGCGCUCCUCACUUCCCACCCGAACAUCCACUGGAAGAACUUAGGCGUGCACUGUUGGCCGCUCUCUUGUAUCAUGCUGGUCUGAAAGAACAUGCAUUAGCGACGGCAACUGCAGAAAUGGAAAAGGGAGAAGUGAAAUUAUCACCAGCAAUGUCAGAGAUAGUUAAAGCUGUACAACAAAGUAAAUGGACAUUGAUGAGGACAAGACAGCAAUUAUCUAGGGGGUAUAAAGAGGUAUGCGCAGCACCUCUAGAAAGAGCCCGCUUCCUUCUGCACGAAGUCCGCGCAGCGAUUUCCCCAGCGGUAUCCGCUUUACAAGCGCGGCCGCCAGCUCGCCGCUCGCCAACUUCCAAACUCAUUUUCAGAAAAGUCAUGAAACUGUCCAAGUCGCCUAACUUCAAUAAGUGCAUGGAAACAACAAAGGAAUUAAGAAACAGACAAAACAGUCUUAGUAAGAGUAUGCUUAAAGCCACGGGAAGUUUGUUGCAAGGGGAUGCCUUAUUGAUCAAAUCGACGAUCGCUAGUCAGUCGAGCAAAACUAUUGAUGAAAUGCAGCCUUUGGUUUAUGAGGCGAGAGGUGAUGGGGAU